AAUAUAUUUAUCCACAAAAAUUGUAAACCAUUAUUAUUAUUAUUAUUAUUACACUAUUUUUACUCUUGUAUAUAUACCAACCACUUUUUCUUCAUUCUUUCUUAUUUAUACAAAUCAAAAAAACACAAAGAACAAAAAUUCAUAUUAACAAUCUCAAAUCUUAACCUUCCCAAAACAAAAAUGGCUCUUUCCUCCAAACCCAACAAGAUCUUCUCUUCUUCAUCUUCAUCAUCACCAUCUUUGUUCUUCUCUCAAUCUUCAAAUUCAUCAUCAAAAUCCAAAUCCAAAUCCCUCUCUUUCCUCCACACCUCAUCAAAAUCAAAACCACAACUAAAAACAACCCAAUUCACAAAUACAAAAAUCCAUAGCAUACUCAAAACGACAACACCCACAACCAAAACGACACCCCAAAAAAAAUACCCAGAAGAAAUUUCAUCACCAAAACCCACCAUUUUAGUCUCCGAAAAACUCGGAGAAGCAGGUCUCCGAGUUCUUCGCGAUUUCGGCCACGUGGAAUGCUUGUACGAUCUUUCACCGGACGAUCUCUGCUCGAAGAUCUCAGACUGUGAUGCGUUGAUCGUCCGAAGCGGUACUAAGGUGAGUCGUAGGGUUUUUGAGGCCUCUAAUGGGCGAUUGAAGGUGGUGGGUAGAGCCGGUGUGGGAAUUGAUAAUGUAGAUCUGAGCGCCGCCACUGAGUUUGGGUGUUUGGUUGUUAAUGCUCCGACGGCGAAUACCGUCGCCGCCGCUGAACAUGGGAUUGCUUUGCUUGCCGCCAUGGCUAGGAAUGUUGCUCAGGCUGAUGCUUCCAUUAAAGCUGGAAAAUGGGAAAGAAACAAGUAUGUAGGAGUGUCAAUGGUGGGAAAAACCUUGGCAAUUAUGGGGUUUGGAAAGGUUGGAUCGGAGGUAGCGAGGCGAGCAAAAGGGCUUGGAAUGCACGUGAUUGCGCACGAUCCAUAUGCAGCCGCCGACAGAGCUCGUGGUGUCGGGGUAGAGUUGGUGUCGUUCGACCAAGCCGUUUCAACCGCCGACUUCAUUUCUCUCCACAUGCCUCUCACUCCUACCACAUCUAAACUCUUUAAUGAUGACACUUUUUCUAAAGUGAAAAAGGGUGUUAGGAUUAUUAAUGUUGCAAGAGGUGGUGUUAUUGAUGAAGAGGCUUUGGUUAGAGCCCUUGAUGCUGGAGUUGUUGCUCAGGCUGCACUUGAUGUGUUCACAGAAGAGCCUCCACCUAAGGAUAGUAAGCUAGUGCAACAUGAAAAUGUCAUUGUUACACCUCAUCUUGGAGCUAGUACAAAAGAAGCACAGGAAGGUGUAGCCAUAGAAAUAGCAGAAGCUGUAGUUGGAGCCUUGAAUGGUGAACUAUCUGCAACUGCUGUCAAUGCACCAAUGGUCCCUCCUGAGGUUCUAUCCGAGUUGGCUCCAUAUGUAACAUUAGCUGAGAAGCUUGGGAAAUUAGCUAUGCAACUUGUGGCUGGAGGAAGUGGAAUCAAAUCGGUAAGAGUUAUUUACAAAACAGCUCGAGACCCAGAUGACUUCGACACAAGACUUCUUCGAGCCAUGAUCAUCAAGGGCAUCAUCGAGCCUAUAUCGGCCUCUAUUGUUAAUUUAGUGAACGCAGAUUUCACAGCCAAACAAAAAGGACUAAGAAUAAGCGAAGAGCGAGUCAGGGUUGAUACAUCCCCAGAGUUCCCAGUUGACUCAAUCGAGGUUCGAAUCUCGGGUGUGGAGUCUAGGUUUGCUAGCUCGGUUGUGGAAAAUGGAGAGGUAAAGAUUGAAGGGAAAGUGAAAUACGGUGUGCCUCAUUUGAGGUGUGUUGGGAAUUUCGAUGUGGAUGUUAGCCUCGAAGGUAACCUAAUUUUGUGUAGACAAGUUGACCAACCGGGCAUGAUUGGUCAAGUUGGGAACAUUUUGGCUUCGCAAAAUGUUAAUGUGAGUUUUAUGAGUGUGGGAAGAAUUGCCCUUAAGAGAAAGGCUAUUAUGGCAAUUGGUGUUGAUGAAGAGCCUAAUAAGGAUACCCUUUUGAAAAUUGGACAAGUACCUUCUAUUGAAGAGUUUGUGUUCCUUAAUCUAUAGAAAGAAAGAACAAAAAUUAGGUAUGAAUAUUGGUCUAAAUGGAUGGUUGGAAAUUCCUAAUUAAAUAAAAAGGUUAUUAUAUAGAACUUUGUGUGUCAUAUGUUAUGUAAUAUGUUGUUUUGUAAUCUAUUUUUGGGUGUUGUCUAUUAGUGAUGUUGUUGUAGUAUUUCCCCAAUAGAUAUGGGAGGCUUUUGUGGCUUUUUAUGGCUCUUUUAGUUUUAUCCAAGUUGAGUCAAUGUAACAUGUAAACUUUUGUUGAUUUUUGUCAAGGUUUUGUUGAUUUAUGUAAUUUAUGUUAUGCCUA